AACGCUGUUUCACACGUCACGAGACCGCUGAACAAGAUUGACAAAUCUGGAAUAAUAUUUGUAACGUUGACUGAAAUUUAAAAAAAAAAAAUAAAAAAAAAGCCUUACAGACUCGUCGCGAAAUUGAAUAUAAUCAGCCGUUAAUUCACGAUAAAACAGACAUAACUUGUACAGAAUCGACAAGAUGUGUUGCAUCAGCGUGACUUUAUUGGCGAGAUUGAUUGGGCUGCUCGAUUUGUCGGCCUCGAUCUUUGGAAUCCAGUUUUUGGCUCAAGAAUUUUUCAGUGACGAGCAACGAUCGAUCGAGUUUAAUGACAUGAAAAUUUUCAUGGGACUCAGUUGGACCAAGCGCUCGACAAAUAUUGAACAAAAACUGGACCAUACUUGGAUUUUCGCUUCCCUUCUGGCUUAUUCCACGCUUUACUUUUUCUGCAGUGCUGGCCUGAUAUCAGCCACUCUUUUGAGAAAUAAGCAUCACGCCGUGCCUUGGUUAACUUUUGAAAUCAUCAGCUUGGCUAAUCAGGGAAGCGGUAUAGUCAUAUCUACUUUUCAACUACGAUGUGACUGCGACAUUGAAAUUUGUCAUUCUGAAAACGCGUUAAUAGCAGGUUUCUACUUUAUUGUGAGCGCGUAUUUUUGGUUCGUCGUAUUUAACGCUCGAAAUUCAUGGACAGCUGCUGAAUCAUCGGAUGCGGUCUUUUUAGACUCAGGAAUCAAAACUUCUAUCGUCGCAUCCCACAAAGUGAUUAUAAAUCCACCAAAGACUGCAUCGCCUCGGGGACGAAUUCAAUCGUCGAAUUUUUUUCAAUCUCCGAAGAUAACCGAAGCACCGCCAAAAUAUUAUGAAAUUUGAUACGACUUGCGUAUUGUUAUAUGCAAGUGAAAUUCUUGACGAUAAUAUAUCGAAUUUUGUUAUUUAUUAUUAUAUGUACUAAUAGAGAUGCUUGAAUGAAAGAUUGAGACUAAUUGAAGAUAAAUAACUAUGGUCAACUCAGUGCAUGAGACACGUUACGAUAUAAUAUAUUUCGAUAAAUAGAACUCUUCUGAUAUGCAUAUUAUAAUAUA